AUGACAACACCACUCUUAUCCGGAAGUGAGCCUAAAGUGCCAAAGAUGGCGGCGCAGGGACCGAUGGCGAUAGCUAUGCGGCUGAGAAACCAACUGCAGUCCGUCUACAAGCUCGACCCGUUGAGAAAUGAGGAAGAAGUCAAGUUGAAAAUCAAAGACCUGAAUGAGCACAUUGUCUGCUAUCUGUGUGCAGGGUAUUUCAUUGAUGCCACAACCAUCACCGAGUGCUUGCAUACAUUCUGCAAGAGUUGUAUUGUGAAAUACCUCCAGACAAGCAAAUACUGCCCAAUGUGCAACAUCAAAAUCCAUGAAACACAACCCCUGUUAAAUCUGAAGCUGGAUAGAGUAAUGCAGGACAUUGUGUAUAAAUUAGUCCCAGGAUUGCAGGAGAGUGAGGACAAGAGAAUUAAAGAAUUCUACCAGUCACGUGGCCUAGAACGAAUCAUCCAAACCUCUGGGGAUGAUGCAGUACCAGAUGCAGCAGGCCUGCCAUAUACCAGCUUUGAUCACUCGAAAGCGCACUUCUACAGAUAUGACGAACAGGUCUCGCUCUGUCUGGAGAGACAAAGUGGUUCAUCUUCAUUGGCUGGGAAAGACAAGAACAAGCUGGCGCUACAGCAGAAGUUUGUCCGGUGCUCGGCGAGGGCGGAGGUGCGACACCUGAGGCGAGUUCUGUGUCACCGGUUGAGCGUGGAGAAGAGCCAGGUCCAGAUGUUCUUCAACAACGAGUCUCUGCCCGAUCAUAUGACCAUGAAACAACUGUGGCUCUCCCACUGGUUUGGCAAGGUGCAGCCUUUGGUUCUUCACUACACAAUCAAAGACAAGAGAACAAGAUAGGACCGGUUCCCGUUUUUAAAGGGUGUUUUUCUGAUGUACAUAUUUUGUAUUUUAUAUAUUCUAUUUUAAUGAUAUUUCUGUACAUAUAAAUAUACUUAGUUUAUUCUUUGUUCUACUUUCGUUAAAUAAAUAAAAAUAAAUUUUGUGAUAAGUGACAA